UCUUCAAACAAAUUCAAUUCUCUCUUCACAAAAUUCUCUAUACUCACAUACAAAAGUUCAAAUUUUACACUUAAAAAACCAAAACUCCAACACCCUUUUCACAAGAAAGCAAAACAUCUCUAUUUCAUUUCAGCCAUUUGUCGCUCCGAUUCGUUUGGAAAAAAACACCACUUUCACAGUCAUUUGUCGCUCUGAUUCGUUUUGGAAAAAACACCAUUUUUCACAAGAAAGCAAAAAUGUUUACCAUCUCAGAACGAAAUUUCUUUUCGCGAAGAUGUGUUUGGGUAAAUGGACCUGUUAUUGUAGGUGCAGGUCCAUCGGGAUUAGCUGUAGGCGCUUGUUUAAGAGAACAAGGUGUUCCUUUUGUAAUUCUUGAAAGAGCUGAUUGUAUUGCAUCUUUAUGGCAAAAAAGAACUUAUGAUCGUUUAAAACUUCACCUUCCAAAAAAAUUCUGUCAACUUCCCAAAUUUCCAUUUCCAAAUCACUAUCCUGAGUACCCAACAAAGAGACAAUUCAUUGAUUAUCUUGAAUCUUAUGCCAACCAUUUUGACAUUAAACCACAGUUUAAUGAAACAGUUGAAUCAGCUAAAUAUGAUGAAGCUUGUAAAGUUUGGAGGAUUAAGACUGUUUCUCCUAUUGGCUGUGAAGUUGAGUAUAUUUGUCAGUGGCUUGUUGUGGCUACCGGUGAAAAUGCUGAAAGAGUAGUGCCUGAUAUUGAAGGAUUGAAACAUUUUGGAGGUGAAGUAAUUCAUGCUUGUGAUUAUAAAUCAGGAGAGAAAUAUCAAGGGAAGAAAGUUGUUGUUAUUGGAUGUGGCAAUUCUGGCAUGGAAGUUUCUCUUGAUCUUUCUAAUCAUAAUGCUCAACCAUCUAUGGUGUGCCGUAGCUCGGUUCAUGUUUUGCCAAGAGAAAUCUUUGGGAAAUCAACAUUUGAGUUGGCUAUGUUUAUGAUGAGUUGGUUGCCACUUUGGCUAGUUGAUAAAAUUCUACUUAUUAUUGCAUGGUUUAUAUUGGGAAAUAUUGAGAAUUAUGGACUAAAAAGGCCAUCAAUUGGUCCACUUACACUCAAGAACACACAAGGAAAAACACCUGUUUUGGACAUUGGUGCCUUGGAAAAAAUUAGAUCUGGAAAAAUUAAGGUUAUCCCAGGAAUCAAGAGGUUUUCAUGUGGCACUAUUGAACUUGUCAAUGGUGAAAAAUUAGAAGUUGAUUCUGUUGUUUUGGCUACUGGUUAUUGCAGCAAUGUCCCUUUUUGGCUACAGGAAAGUGAAUUUUUUUCCAAGAAUGGAUUCCCAAAGGCACAAAAUAACUGGAAAGGAAAAUCUGGGCUAUAUGCAGUUGGAUUUACAAGGAAAGGGCUAGCUGGUGCUUCUGCUGAUGCUACAAAAAUAGCACAAGAUAUUGCCAAAGUUUACAAAGAUGACCUUAAACAAAAGAAGCAAAAAGUUUCUACACAUAGAAGAUGCAUCUCAACUUUUUAAUUCAUCUCCAGAGCAUAUACAAGUUCAGAAAUUCCAUUCUUCUUCUUUUUUUUAACAGGGGUCAUGUAUAAAAUAAAUGUGUAAAAAAUAUAUAUAGAGAAUAUACAAAAGGAAAACAGCAGAAGAUAGCUAUAUACAGAGAUAAGCCCUCUCCAAAAAUUAGCUCAAGUUUUUGCUAACAGUUUGGGCGUUUUACCUUGAGGAUGAAGAGGCAUUUCUCUAUUCUUUUUUUUUUUCCAAGAUUUUUUUUAAAACAUUGGUUUUGUUUGUAUUGACUUCCCAUACAAAUUUGUACAAUUAUUAUUGUUUAUUUAAUAAAAUGACAAAGAUAGUCCUU